AAGUUUCCUCAUUGAUAUGAGAUAUUUAUAACAAUAUUUGUAAUAAAAAUUUGUAACAUAAGGCCAAGAAUGACAGCAUACUGAACUGACAGGUCUUUGAUCUUGUUGAUUGUUGGAAUGGAGGAGGAGUGAAUUACGAUUUAACAUUAAUUGAAUGGGCCUGAUAAACUUAUCUUCCUAUUUUAGACCAACGGAUUUGUUUAUUUAUAAUUAUCAUAACUGUUGCUGAAAAGAAAGCCUUUAAUCAUCGAUGUGAAUAAGCAAAAAGGCCAUAAUGGGUUGUUGUUACAGUUAUUUUUGCAAUGAUGACCGAUCAUCUCACGGAGGCGAUAUAAAUGAACGUACACAUUUAUUGAUUGACCCUGUAUCGAGUAAUUGUAACGUGCAAAGGGCAAACAGUGAGGAUAUCCUUUCGAGAAAUUCUAAUAAUCUACAAAAAAAGACUGAUGAACAAUCUGCACUGAAUAAGAUAUUACAGGAAUUCGCGGUAAAUGUUAUCGAUGUAGGUGCUUUAAAUUCUCAUAAUCUCCAACAGAAUGAAUACAUUGAGAGAAUGAGGCAUUAUGAUUCUCGGGUGCAACAGUGUAAUAAGUCUAAGCUCAUGACUAGAAAAAAGUGUAUUUUACAAGAUAUUCCUACAACAGAUAAAAUUCUAGGUGUUGAUUCUCUUUCUACUGAGGAUGUUCAAAUGAUAAAUACUAUAAUGAACAAUGGGGCAGAUGCAGUCAAAGUGAUCAAAGUAGAGCACAAAGAAGAUCUUGUUGUCGAAUUGUGUUAACAUUAUUUGGAAUAUUUUUAUUUUAAAUAGAUAUUCACUUGUUUUCCCAUUGAGUUUAUAUUUUAAAUCAAACAAUUUUCCAGUGCUGUAAUAUUUUAAAUUGUAUAAAACAUGUAAAUAAUUUAUAUUCCACUGUGAUUUGAAGAAUUGGAUAAAUAUUUGUCUACAAAUAUACAUUUAAGCAACAA